AUGUCUGACAAGAAAGCCAGGAACCCAGACGCUCGACCCAAGUCGAACCGCAGCCGGAGUCUGGACAGCUACGUCUGGAGCCGCAAGAAACGCUCAAGGAACGGAUGGAAUGAGCCGACCACUCCCAUUGGUUGCUCAGAGGGGGAGGGGGCAGAGCUGUCGGGGAGAAUCGCUUCCUGUCCACAGAGGCUCAGAGAGAGAAGGUACAGCUCCUCCUCGGCCGGUGACCCGGACUGUGACUCCUCUCGAAAAGCCUUGUCCGGGCGCUCUUUCAGACAGACCCUGCAGGACGCCAUGGUCCAGUGCUUCCCUCUCCGCACCCACCACCAGACAGGGGCCUCACGGCCGUUCUCCAAGCUCCUCUGGUCCAAACGCAAGAUUCACGUCUCGGAACUGAUGCAGGACAAGUGCCCUUUCUCACCCAAGUCGGAGCUGGCCCAGUGCUGGCAUCUCAUCAAGAGGCACUCCUCCCAGCACCCUGGAUCUGGAGGGGAGCAUGAGAGCAAAGGGGAGCAGACAACCUCAACACCACUUCUGAUCUCCUGGGAAGAGAUCAGCUCCCAGAGUUUAGGGAGAAACAAGCAGGGGGUUCAGGGUGGGGAGAUGGAGGAUUCAAAUGAGGACAGGGUGUCGCUCUGUACCUUCCCCGGUUUGGGAAGCCGCUCGGGGGAUGCUGUCUGCAGCCUGGUCCCCGACCUGCUCCAGAUCAACAACAGCUCCUGCUACUGGGGCGUGCUGGACCGCUACCAGGCAGAGGAGCUUCUGGACGGCAAGCCGGAGGGGACCUUCCUGCUACGGGACUCUGCGCAGGAUGACUUCCUGUUCUCGGUCAGCUUCCGGCGCUACAGCCGUUCCCUGCACGCACGUAUCGAGCACAGAGGCCAGCGAUUCAGCUUCGACGAGCGGGACCCCUGCGUGUACCAGGACCCCAGCGUGACCGGGCUGCUGCAGCACUACAGCGACCCGGCUGCCUGCCUCUUCUUCGAGCCUCUGCUCUCCCUGCCCCUGCCACGCACCUUCCCCUUCUCCCUCCAGCACCUGAGUCGCGCUGUGAUAAGCAGCUGCACCACCUACCAGGGUGUGGACUCCCUGCCCCUGCCCCCCUCACUAAAGGACUACCUGAGACAGUACCACUACAAGCACAGGACUGGGGCAGAAUGCAGUUGA